GGCGGGCGUUCGUCUUGUUCAAUUGUUAGGGUUUGCCGCCUUGAAACGCAGAGGAAGUCCUCUCUGCCACCGCAUCAGCUCCGAUGGGGAGGAGAAAGUUAAAGCCUUUCAAUGAUGCCAAUCCUACUCUUGAUCUGAAGUCUCUCAUUCAUAAAAAUUCCUUGUUCUUUGACAAGUUGAUUGAGCUUAUCCCUGCAAAGUUCUAUCUACCUCUUGAUGAGAAAGAGAGACCAUGGUUUCAAGGCCUUAGCAAGGCUGAAAAGGCUUUGGCAAAGAAGGAGUCGAGAGAGAAUAUCAAGAAAGCUCGAAGAGAUAGAUUGGACCCAGGGAAAUCUUUGACAACAACUCUUGAUUUGUUGAAGCAAAGCUUGGAGAAGGAAAAAUCACACGUAGAGAGUGAGGACGAGGAAAUAGAAGUUAAACCUAUUGUGCCUGAUCUAGAAGAUGAAAAAAGGUCAGUGACAUAUGAAGAGCUCCGGCAACGACUUCAUCGCAGAAUUGAAGAGCUCCGAGCAGGUAGAAAUACAAAUACUGGAGGUUCAGAUAAAGCAAAUAAGAAAAACGAAAAGAAUGAGAAGAAGGGUAAUCUGCAAAAGAAACGCAAGAGGGAUUCUGGACCAGAGGAGAAAACAUCAGCUAGUGAUUCAACUGGUAAGAUGGAGAAGGUCCAGAAGGAUGCUGAGGAUGCAGUGAAAAGACUCACUUUUAGUCACAUUAAACUUGGGAAUGAAGAGAAGCAAGGGAAGAAGAAGAGGAAAUUUUCAAAGGUUAAGCAGCUUGAAAAUGCAAUGACGUUAGAAGAAGCAAAGAAAGAUCCAGAGGUUGCAAACAAGCAUAUGUGGAAGGCUGCAUUGCAUAGAGCUCAAGGAGUUAAGGUUCAUGAUGAUCCAAAGCUGUUGAAGCAAAGCAUUAAGAAGGAAAAGAAGAGGCAGCAGAAGAAUACCGAGAAGUGGAAGGAGAGAGUUGAAACAACACAGAAACUGAAAGCAGAGAAACAGCAAAAGAGAUCCGAUAAUAUUGCUGAAAAGAUCAACCAAAAGAAGAUGCGUCGGAUUGCAAAGAGGGAAAAGAAGCUACUGCGACCCGGGUUUGAAGGUCGCAAGGAAGGUUUUGUCAAUGAAGACGCGGCCUAAGAAAUGGCUUUUAAUCAUAUGGAAGCACGAAGAAUGCACAAGCAGAGGAGUCUUUUAUGACUUCUCUCUUUUUCUUCAACCAACUUAACUCAAUGUUGCUCAAGAACCAAGUCUUAUGUUGGAAAAUGAUUGUUCCUGACGUUUUAUGACCAUUUGUGCUCUUCUAAAGUUAUAGGAUCUAGUAAUUCAUCACGUUCAUCAUCUGCUUAUAAUGCUCAAGAUUUGUAAGAGGAAAAUAUUGCAGAAGUUUGGAGUAUGAUCAUUAGACAUACAGAUUUUUGUAAUCUGAUUCCAAGAUUUUCUUUGAUUUCUUUACACUUCCUAAAUGUCCAAAUGAUAGAAAAGGGUGGCAUUUUUUGGAUGAACUAAAACGGGGUAUUACUU